AUGGAAGAGGUAGGUGCACAAGUAGCUUCACCAAUAUUCAUCCACCAGUCACUCGCUGGAAGAUUUUGCGAUGAGCGCCCGAUGGCCAAGAAACGUAAUCAGCCUGCAAGUUUUCCGCAUCAGAAUCCUUUGGAUAACUGGAAUCCUAUGUCUUGGGGUUGGGAUAGUGCCAGGUUUAUUGCCAGACCUUUGCAACCUGACGUAGUCCGGGGCGGAAAUGCUACUCCGGUUCAGUUGAAGGUGUCAAUUCAGAAAGCUGUACAAAAUGAUAUGGCAGAUCCUAAGAAGCCCGUACCCGUUGAAGAUAAACACGAUAAUGAAAAUCUUAGAUUGAAGCUUGGAGGUGAAGGAGAUGGAAGGAAUGGUGUCUUGGCUUUAGUAGAAGAGCCACAACCAGUGUCAAGGCCCAAUAAAAGAGUCAGAUCUGGAUCGCCUGGUGGUGCUAGCUAUCCUGUGUGUCAAGUGGAUAAUUGCAAGGAAGAUCUAUCUGCGGCUAAGGACUAUCACCGCCGGCAUAAGGUGUGCGAGGUUCAUAGCAAAGCCAGCAAAGCCUUGGUCGGGAAACAGAUGCAAAGAUUCUGCCAGCAGUGCAGCAGGUUCCACCCCCUUUCAGAAUUUGACGAGGGAAAGAGAAGCUGUAGGCGUAGACUUGCCGGGCAUAACAGGAGGAGAAGAAAGACUCAACCAGAUGAUGCUACUUCACGGUUGUUAGUUCCUGAAAGCCGUGACAAAAGUGGAAACUCAGAAGUGGAUAUAGUCAAUUUGUUGGCAGUACUAGCUAAUGCUCAAGGUAAUACUGACGAUGGGAGUAGCAAAUUCUCAUCCAUACCCGAUAAAGAUCAGCUCAUACAGUUACUUGAUAAAAUAAACUCUUUAAAGCCCCGGCCUGAAAACAUAGCUGCCAAAUUGCCUGGAUGUUCGAAUGGAAGUAUUCCUAACCUCGUAUCCUCUGGAAAUCAAAGCAGAUUGAGUGGGAAUGUUUCUUUGCCACCAACUGUGGACUUGCUGUCUGUUCUUUCAGAAAAUCCUGCAGCACCCUCUUCUGGUGUAGUUGAAUUUCAAUCUCAACCAAGCAGCGAUAGGAGCGACUCGGAGAAGAGUAAGUCAGCCUUUGUUGAUCAAGCUACAUGUCUCAAUUUGCAAAAAGGACCUGCUUUGGAGUUUCCCUCUGUUGGAGGAGAGAGAAGUAGUGCAAGUUACCAUUCUCCUGUGGCAGAUUCAGAUUGCCAUGUUCAAGAGACAUGUCCAAAUUUGCUGUUAAAACUCUUUAAUUCCUCACCUGAAGAUGAUAGCUUAAGAAAAUUGCCAUCUGGUAGAAACUAUUUCUCAUCUGAUAGUAGCAAUCCUUCACUAGAGAGGUCUCCUUCAUCUUCACCACCUGUUGUGCAUGACCUGUUUCCAAUGCAUACUUCAAGGGAACCUAUGAAGCAUGGCAGUGUGUCUACUAGCGAAGUGGAUACUAUGUAUGCGAAAGCCAGUACAAGCAACGAGUGCAGUACAUCUCUUAAGCUUUUUGGAGUCUCAACUAGAGCUGCUGAAAAUGGCUCAAUUCAGAGUUCUCCUUACCAAGCUGGGUAUACAUCUUCUACUGGGUCUGAUCAUUCACCAUCAAGUUUGAAUUCUGGUGUUCAGGAUCGUAAUGGCCGAAUUGUUUUUAAGCUAUUUGACAAGGAUCCCAGUCAUUUGCCCGAGUCAUUGCGAGCGCAGAUAUACAAUUGGCUUGCUAACAGUCCAUCCGAAAUAGAAAGCUAUAUUAGGCCUGGUUGCAUAGUUCUAUCUGUGUAUUUAUCGAUGUCCUCCUAUGCCUGGGAUCAACUUGAAAGAAACCUCCUUGAUUAUGUCAAGUCUUUGGUCAAUGAUAUUAAUACUGACUUCUGGAGAAAUGGAAGAUUUUUGGUUCACACAGACAAACAAAUGGCUUCCUAUAAGGAUGGAAAGAUUCAUCUUUGCAAGUCCUGGAGAGCCUGGAAUACCCCAGAAUUGGUCUUGGUCUCACCUGUGGCGGUUGUUGGUGGGCAAGAAACCUCUCUUAUAUUGAGGGGGAGAAAUUUGACCAUUCCAGGCACCAAGAUACACUGCACGCAUACAAAUGGGUACAGUAUAAAAGAAUUUCCAGCAUCGGCAUGUCAAGAAACUGUAUAUGAUGAGAUAAGCUUGGGCAGCUUUAAAAUUCAUGGUCCAUCUAGUGUACUCGGCCGCUGUUUCAUUGAGGUUGAAAAUGGCUUAAGAGGUACCAGCUUUCCCGUAAUCAUAGCAGAUAAUACCGUCUGUCAAGAAUUGAGACUUCUUGAGUCUGUAAUCAAUGAAGGUGCUCUAUUGCAUGAUGGUACUUCAUCUGAUCACAUUCAGAAUCCAGUUAGGCCCAGGACGAGGGAAGAAGUCCUCCAUUUCUUGGGUGAACUUGGCUGGCUUUUUCAGAGAAAGAACAACUCUUCCUUGUUUGAGAGCCCGGACUAUAGACUUAGUCGGUUCAAAUUUCUUCUUACAUUUUCCGUCGAGCAUGACUUUUGUGCUUUGAUCAAAACACUCCUGGAUAUUCUGCUAGAAAUAAACUUGGGUCAUGAAUGGUUAGCAAGGGAGUCUCUGGAAAUGCUAUCAGAAAGCCACCUCUUGAACAGGGCUGUUAAUAGGAGGUGUAGGAGAAUGGUUGAUUUGCUUAUUCACUACUCCAUUAGCGACUCUACUGAUUCGUCCAUGAAGUAUAUCUUUGUACCCAAUAUGGCUGGACCUGGUGGUAUCACACCUUUACAUUUGGCUGCUUCUACGUUGGGUUCAGAUGAUAUGGUUGAUGCUUUGACGAGUGAUCCACAGGAGAUUGGGUUGCAUUGCUGGAAUUCUGUUCUUGAUGCAAAUGGGCUGUCUCCCUAUGCAUAUGCCUUGAUGAGGAACAACCACUCCUAUAACAAGCUUGUCGCUCAGAAGCUUGCAGAUAAAAAGAAUUUCCAAGUUUCUGUAUCAAUUGGAAACAACAUUGAGCAAGUCGGCAUGGAAGUUGAUCAUGGUCACAAGACUACCUUCCAUAUCAACCAAGGACGUAAAUCUUGUUCCAAGUGUGCAGCUGCAGCAGGUAGAUGCAGAGAAAAGUUUCCAGGUUCACAAGGAUUACUUCAGCGUCCAUACAUUCAUUCAAUGCUCGCCAUUGCUGCUGUAUGCGUUUGUGUCUGUCUGUUCUUCAGAGGUGCACCGGAUAUUGGUUCAGUUGCCCCAUUCAAGUGGGAGAACUUAGGUUAUGGUCCGUUGUAG